UAAUUAAUCCAAAAUAAACUACCAAUGACGAUGCUCUAUUCAAUUUACGUCAAUUGGCUCAAACGAAAGUGUAAUUAUUAUAAUCGAAGGAAUUAAAAAAAGGUAAACAGAAAAGCUGCCUCACAAAAUCACAAGAUACAGUUAAGGCUUAAUUACACUAAAUCAAAAACCUUAAUCGACUACGCAUUGAAAAUUAACGUGAAAACCCGAACAGUUACUAACUGAUUGUGCGGCUUCAAGCGAAAGUGAACACAUUUACAGCCAAGUGAACAAAUAUUGGUUAAAAAGAAACGCAUGACUCUGAACUAGACAAAAAAUCAGGCCGAAAUUCGCUUUGUAGAGGCGUGCAAUGUUCUUUUGUAGAAAAUGCGGUAAAAACACGCUGAAACGGCGAAAGUGGGCCUAAUUCUAGCUGCGAAGCGAGUUUGUUGUGAGAAUCCUUUGAGCUGAUUGGUUGGGAGCAAAUAGUAGUGAUCAGAGCUCUCAGCCAAUCAAAGAUUUGACCGCUAUGCUCAUGGAACGCUGCGUUUUGAUUUGCUUAUUCUCGUCUUUGCUACUACUUUCACUGUCAUUUCUUGUGUUCUCCCCUUCUCCCUUCGUCCUUCUCCGUUUUUUGAAACCAUCAAAUACACAGCACUUCGUUAUUUUUUUGCCCAUAAUUUUUUUGAAUCACGAAAAUUGUUUUUCUCCCCCGUCUGUACUGCGAUCUCGCUGCCUCUUUUUCAGUUGCACGUUCUCCUUCACAUUGGCACACCCAUAUUGGAUUGAAAUAAAACUGCAAACACAACAAAUAGGACAGUAUCUUUUCUCUAUUCUCUUCUCUUCACUAGAUGUCACUUGUUACUCUCGUAGCAUUCUCCACAAAUAGCUCACGGGCUUCUGUCCGCACCACCUGAGCUACAGUAGCAGUUUCCGCACUACCUAGCAGAGCAAAAUCGAAGCAAUCUGCUGACGCACUUGCAUGGUUUAGCCUGGCAACAAAGCAAAAUGAACCGGCAGCCUACCAAGGUAUUGACUUUGGAAGAAGGAGAAGACCUCCGAACAUCGCAUUUCAGUCUCCAGAAUGGCACCAAUCUGAAAUUUGUCCUUGGUUCCAGCUUGCAGUCAGAACCUUGUGCCAUCUACACCAAUUACCCAAUAAAUGGUGGUGAUUUUGAAAGGGAAAAAUAUCAUAAGCUAACAUGGAUUUUCCCUUUUAAAUCAAAAGCAGAUUGUGGAGACAGAUAUGCCCUAGUACAGAUCAGUUUCCCUGGGACAUUUGCCUUCUAUCUAAGUAAAGACGAGGGAGGCAACAUUUCACAAGGAUACUUUGUAGUAGCACCAACAUUGAAAACUGGUUCUGGUCUACUUGCUUUGAAUGAUAUUGCCUUGCAAACAUAUUUAUCAAAGUCACUUGGCCAGUUCAAAGACUGGGGGAAGCGUCUACGUGUAGCUAAGGAGUCUGGGUACAAUUUCAUCCACUUUACACCAAUACAAAAGCUUGGAGACUCAAAUUCCUCAUACUCCAUUGAAAAUCAGCUAGAAAUUAACCCAAAUUUUUCAUCAAAUGAGAAACACAUUGAUUUUGGUGAUGUUGAAAACCUUGUUAAUAAAAUGAAACAUGAAUGGGAUGUUUUAUCUCUGGUGGAUGUUGUGUGGAACCAUACGGCAAACAAUAGCAAAUGGUUGCAAAAUCACCCAGAGGCUGUGUAUAAUCUUCAGAAUUCACCACAUCUCCGUCCUGCAUUUUUGAUUGACCGAGCAUUUUGGCAUUUGAAUCAAGACAUUGAAGCUGGUAAAUGGGAAUACAUCGGCUUACCAACAUAUAUUUGUGAUGAGAAUCAUCUUGAAAGAGUAGCCCAGAUUUACUGGUCAUCUAUUGUUCCCUCUUUACAAAUACAUGAGUUUUUCAUUGCUAAUGUAUCAAAGAUGGUUACCAAAUUCAAAGCUGCAUUCAAGUCAGAUAUAUGCAGACACACGGAAAAAGUCGAGCUUGAAGAUCUUAAGAUAUUGCAAGAUCCAUCAUACCGAAGAUUUGAGAGUUACAUUGACAUUGAGAUGGCUGUUGAGAUUUUUAAAAAGAAAAGUUUAGAAGAAGUAGAUGCAGUAAGAGAGUUUGAGGAUUAUAUCAAUCAGCUGAAUGAAGAAAAAAAGCAACAACUGGAUGGUUACUGCCAAGCUAUAAUUUACAAUGUAAUUGAAGGGAUAAGGUACCACUUUUUGGCUGAAAACGGGCCGAAGUACCGACAAGUGACAGAAAAGACUCCGAUAAUCACAAGGUAUUUUCUUUGCCGAGCGUCCACUAUGUCGUUGCCAGAAGAUGAAGACUUGAUGAACUCGAAUGAGUGUAAGUAUUUAUUUGCCCAUCAAGGAUGGGUGAUGAACGGAGACGCGUUGAAAGAUUUUGCUGCCCCUGACUCUUUGGUUUACAUGCGGAGAGAGCUGAUUGCUUGGGGUGACAGUGUCAAGUUGCGAUAUGGUGAGAAGAAAGAAGACUCUCCUUAUUUGUGGGAACGCAUGAAAAAGUAUACUGAAAUGAUGGCAAGAAUGUUUCAUGGUUUGCGCUUAGACAACUGCCACAGCACUCCUAUUCGUGUUGCUGAGUAUUUGCUAGAUGCCGCUAGAAAGGUGAAUCCAGAUCUGUAUGUUGUAGCAGAACUUUUUACGAAUUCAGAAGCAGUUGAUAAUAUGUUCGUGAACAGGCUUGGGAUCAAUUCUCUCAUAAGAGAGAGGAUGUCCGCGAGUGAUGCACAUGAUCUUGGGAGACAUGUUCACAGGUUUGGCGGCGAUCCUGUUGGUUCCUUCUUCAGAUCAUCUACUUCACCUCUUGUAUCCUCAAUGGCUCAUGCACUGUUUAUGGAUUUAACUCAUGACAACCAGACCCCAAUGGAAGUGCGGUCCGUGUAUGAUUUCCUGGCCAGUGCUGCAUUGGUUGCAUCCUCUACCUGUGCUAUUGGAAGCAACAGAGGCUACGACGAGCUUGUUCCACACCAUAUAAAUGUUGUUAACGAGAAACGGCUUUAUAAGGCGUGGAAUGCAGACACGUCCUAUUCGGAGAGCUGUGUUUCUUUAUCCAGUGGAAUUAUUCACGCCAAACGAACACUUAACCAUCUACACAGGGAACUCCGCACCAAAGGUUAUGAUCAGAUAUUUGUGGACCAGGUAGACGCGAACGUUGUUUCUGUCACCAGACACUGCCCAAGGACGCAUGAGUCAGUUAUCAUUGUCGCACAUACUGCGUUCAGCGACCCACCGGCAGAAGACAUGCCUUCGCCUCGUAACCUCUUACAACGGAUCCACGCCGCCACUUGUCAUCCCAGCACGAAACCUUGCGUUUUAGAAGAAAUUUCCUUCGAGGCAAUGUUAUUGCGCAAUUUGGACGAGACAGAGUUUGUUAAAAACUCAGUGUGGAUUAAUGGACUGGAGUCUUUUCAUGUUCACUUGAAUGAGCACAUUUCUGUGGAAAGGUCCAAGAUUUGCAGCUUUGUCAAGUCUGUUGACCCUGAAGAUGACCACUCGAUCGAAGUGCAUUUCGAGAAUUUUCCGCCAGGCAGCGUGAUUGCCUUCAAAGUUUCUCUCAAUGAUAAAGCUAAAAAAGCUAUUGGACAGUUAAGGUCAGUGCUAAACAUGUUUCCAGAACAAAGUUUUGAUCUAGAAACGAGCUGCAUUUCAGAAGUUCGGCCAAUUGAGCCCAUCAUUAAAGAUCUCGAUUUGGCCGCUUUAAACAGAAUUCUGUACCGAUCGCAGCCAGAAGAGGUGGAUGAUGGUCAUGGCGGUGGUGCAUAUGUUAUUCCAAAUUAUGGGCCCUUGACAUAUUGUGGCCUACAAGGCUUUGAAUCAGUUUUGUCCGUUGUCCGCGCUUCAAAUGACCUUGGACACCCAAUAUGUGACAAUCUUCGUGCUGGGAAUUGGAUGUUUGAAUACGUUGCCAAUCGUAUGAAGCAUAAUCAUCUCACCAGACAGCUUGGCUUGUGGAUGGGGUCUGUCGUUGGCUUCCUUCGCAAUUUACCCAGGUUCUUGGUUCCCUGUUACUUUGACGCUGUCAUUUGUGCGUUAUACACCAAACUAGUUUAUCAAGCCUGCUCCAAAAUGUCAAGUUUUGUGCAAAACGGGUCGACCUUUAUUCAGUGUCUUGCUCUUGGAUCGGUGCAGCUAUGUGGUCUGACAAAUAGUGCCUCGUUACCCAGACUGCCAUCAAACACAGAUAACGAAAAGGAGGUUUUGACAAUGGCAGCUGGCCUACCACACUUUGCAAUCGGCAUGUGGAGGUGCUGGGGAAGGGAUACGUUCAUCAGCCUACGAGGGAUGUUGCUCGUGACUGGCCGUUUUUCCGAAGCCAAGAGGCUCAUACUGUCAUUUGGCGGAUGCCUUCGCCAUGGACUUAUUCCAAAUUUGUUGAAUAAAGGAUCAAAUGCUAGGUACAAUUGCAGAGAUGCGCCUUGGUGGUGGCUACAAGCCAUUCAGGAUUACUGUAAAAUGGCGCCCGAAAGGGACGGCCUUCUGCAUGAAAAAGUCUACCGCAUGUAUCCUGGCGACAGUUCUCCUGUCAUCGCGAAUGACGCGCCUAUACAGCCGCUGUAUGAAAUCAUCCAGGAAGUGCUACAGAAGCAUGUGGACGGGAUUAGUUUCCGUGAGCGCAAUGCCGGAAAAUCGCUUGACUCUAACAUGAAAGAUGAAGGCUUUCAAGUGUCAGCUGGAAUCAACAGCGACACUGGAUUUCCCUUUGGUGGCAAUGCUUGGAACUGUGGUACCUGGAUGGACAAAGUUGGCGGAUCACAUUUGUCAGGCAACUGGGGUCAUCCUGCCACUCCAAGGGAUGGAAGUGCUGUUGAGAUUGUUGGCCUUUGUAAGUCAGCUGUGACGUGGCUAAACACAUUGCACGGACAAGGCAAAUAUCCUUAUGACGGUGUUCACACCAGAGAUUCGAAAUUAACAUUUGAGGCUUGGUCGAUUAAAAUCCAAAAUUCGUUCGAAGAACUAUUCUGGAUAGGAGUCGAGCCAAAUGAAAAGAUCGAGGGUGAAAGUUACAAGCUCAUACAUCGAAGAGGAAUUUAUAAGGAUUGCUACGGUAGUUCUCAGGCCUAUGCAGACUUUCAGAUGAGACCAAAUUUCCCAAUCGCCAUGGCCGUUGCACCUGAAUUGUUUGACAAAAACCACGCUUUGCAGGCACUGAAUAUGGUAGAAAAGCACUUAUUAGGGCCGCUGGGAUUGAAAACUCUCGAUCCAAGAGACUGGGUUUACGAUGGUUAUUACGAAAAUGAUCUAGACUCGACAGUCUUCAAAAAAGCACUUGGAUUCAAUUAUCAUCAAGGACCCGAAUGGGUAUGGAUUUGUGGACCAUUUCUUAGAGCAAAGCUGCAUUUCGGAAAGAUGGUUUAUGACAAAACGGAGUUUGCCGCAUGUGUUGCAGAUGUUCGAUCGAUUCUGGCUAGGCACAAAGAAGAAAUAAUGACUUCGCCUUGGCGAGGCUUGCCAGAGUUAACAAACAAAGAUGGUUCCUUUUGCCAACAUGGUUGUCCUACCCAGGCCUGGUCCAUGGCCUGCAUUUUAGAGGUUUUGUUUGACUUAGAAGCGAUUCUAGAGAACUAGAUUUUUUUUUAGAUGAGUUGGUAUCAUGAUUUCUGCUGUCAAUGAGGUCGACAAUGCUACGUUUUAACUGAUUAUUUUUCCCAAAUUGCGAUUCCGCUGUAGCAAAAAGUGAUCACCUUUGUCAUUCAAUAAUUACUUGAGCCAUUUUCAUGAGAUAUUUCCAAGGGCUUUUAAACUCAAAGCCAAGUGAUCCGCCUCACUUUUUUCACAUCUUGCUGCCAGCUAGUUUCGCUCGAUGCUUGCAUGCAAUUUUUGAUUUCAUUACUUGUCAUUUAAUGCAUUGAAACUGCAUCCUCUCCGUGGCAAUUAUAUCUACAAUAAAAAUAAUACUAAGGCAGGAAUAAUUUAAUGAGACAAUCGAAUUUUCGUGCUUUUAUUUGGUUUCUAAGAGGCCACCAGGGGAAAGAAUUGGCCUUUGAAUUCAAAUUUUUUUCGGAAGGAGGAAGAUGAUGCGGAGCCGCAUGCUGCUGUGUGAUCUGGCCUUAGUUACUUGGUUCCAUAGUUGGUGUGCACUUGAGGUCAUCCGUACUGAACUCACGCUGCUUUGAGUGUUUCUAAGUGCUUCAAAAAUUCUCUUGUGACGAGAUCACUAAGCAGUGUCAUGGCAAUGAUAUAAUAAGAAUACUAACAUCCCAGUGGCGUAAGUGGAAGGGGAUUUGGGGGCAUAGGUUUGAACUCUCUGAUCAUCCAGUAUUUUGUUCCAUCGUCCUGAAACUCUUUUGCAAGAAACGAAGGUGUAAUAUGUUUGCGUAAUAUGUAAUAUGUUUUUCUUAAAUGUUGAGAUUUAAGAAAAAAGAAAGUAAGAGCACCAACGAUAUAUAUUCCCUGCGAGGAUGACAGAAAAGGCAAGGCAAAAACAAUUGUUGUACCUGGACCUCGGUCGCCAUAGCGUCCUACAUGAUAUGAAACUAGGAAAAGAAGAGAGUGCACGCUUUUUACACUUGAAAUACCUCGUAGUAUGGCAUUUAAACGCUCACAAAACAGCAGCCUCGAACAGGCUGACGUAGCCAGGAGUUCAACAAUGGAAGGUAUAGAGAGGGGGGGGGGGGGUUAGAAAUUCUUCGCGAUGCCCCCUGGUAAUUUUCACCAUUGUUCUUUAAAAGCAUUGGCAUCCUCUAAAAAUAUGCUGGUUACGCCACUGAAAGAUGAUAGUACGUAGCGCCAUUGCGGCUCCCAUGCGUUGAUCAUAUUUGCUACUACUACUGUAAUUUAGUGGGAAAACAUCAUCAAAGUGAUAGCACUGCCUUCUUCAAUUUUUAGGUAUCAGGACUAACGUUUCUAAACCACUUUAUUUUUCUUGCAACUUAAAAUUUUUCUUUGUAUAAUAGAUUCUUAUGUGAAGAAUAUUUUAUUAUGAAAAUUUUAACUAUAAUAAAGUUUGGUAAGUUUGGCGAAUUUUCUUAAAUGUUGCUUUACGAAGUAGCAUUACCUGUGUGUCGAUUUUGUAUUUGCAAUUUCAAUUUUGUUAUUUGUAGUGUAUAUCAUAUCAUGUCAUUUUUUCUUUCGCCAAUGUGUUUGAAAAUUGGAGUUGUUUUACCUAUAAAAAUAUGUGAUGAUAAAUGACUCAUUGGAUAACUUGAA